AGAAGUGUUGUACAGUUAGAGAGGUGUUGUAUAGUUAUGUACAUGUGUAGUAUAUUAACAACUUUAUAUGGAUGAAUAUUUGGUAACCACCUGCAGACUGACAGGAGGUGGCGCUGUAGACUGGAGGGAUUUAACAAGUGUUCCCUGUAGAGGAAAAGUAAAUGAUACUGUUGUCUGUAUACAUCCAUGUGCUGGUCCUGCUGGUUUAUAAAACCCAUCCCACAUUUUUUUUAUUGAAUUUUACAUAUAAACAUAUAUACAUAUAUACACAUACAGACAGACUAACAAUAUUAAUAAUUAAAUUAUACAAUGAAAUGUUUAGUCAGAAUUUCCACAGUACACUUGGGGAAUACAUGCUGGCUUUUUAUUAAGUUUAACUUUUGUUUUUACCCAUCAUUGAUGUGCCUGCGUGGAUUUGAGGCAAUGCAUACUCUGCAGAAAAUAUUAUUGUUGUGCAGUGCCUUUUGGGAGUAUUUAGAAGAAUAUUUCUCACUGAACAUUUUAGAAAUUACAGCUUUGCUCCAGUUUAGCAGUGUUGACGGAGUGGAUCAGAAAGUUGGAGUUGAAGCAGAUAGUUAUUGUCCUGACCAUCCCUGACAAAGGAGUAAUUGUUUUUGUGAUUAUUAGGUUUUUGAUUUGUCCUCCUUUCACUCAUUUCAUGUAUUUCACAUAUCUAACAAAGAAAAUAAAAGAUAAGACAAAAUAAAUAAAUACCUCAAGGAAGAAGAAAAAAAAAACAUUUCAACAACUGCACUCAGCAACUCUUUCUUUCAUAAAACUACACUCACAUGUAGCUAUAGUGGUGUACACUGAUUCAUGGAGAAUUCAUUAAACAAAUUUGACAUGAUUGGUCACUCGCUUCUGCUCUCGACCAAUCAGCGCAGUGUUGCUAUGCCUUAUCAGCUCGCUGAUUGGCUGACACAGCUGUCACUCAUUCAUCAAGUCAACGUUCCAGUGUGAUUUUCUUUUUGCCAAAGAUCAUCAACUCCGGCCGUCAAGAUAACUCACGUCUUCACGGAGUUUGCGCUGAAUAUGACCUGUCGUGUCGUGAUAACGGUGUUCGCCUCCCAACCCACCGCCCACCACGGCCCUCACCUGUGUGUUGCGGUGCUUCCCUUGUGAGCCGACCUGGGCUGGCAGUCCCUUCUUGCACCGCCCGCCAACUCCGCCCAUGGUCAGAAUGACGCGCUCCAAGACCUUCCAGGCGUACCUGCCGAGCUGCCACCGGACGUACAGCUGCAUCCACUGCCGAGCUCACCUGGCCAACCACGACGAGCUCAUCUCCAAGUCGUUCCAGGGCAGCCAAGGCAGAGCCUACCUGUUCAACUCAGUGGUGAACGUCGGCUGUGGCCCUGCAGAGGAGAGAGUCCUGCUCACAGGCCUGCACGCUGUAGCAGAUAUCUACUGUGAGAACUGCAAGACCACCCUGGGCUGGAAAUACGAACAUGCCUUUGAGAGCAGUCAGAAGUAUAAAGAGGGCAAGUUCAUCAUCGAGCUGGCUCACAUGAUCAAGGACAACGGCUGGGACUGAGGGACGAGCAACCGGGACACGAACGCAGCAGAGGAGAGGGAGGGUGGGGGGGUUGGAUGGACAAAUGGACGGAUGGUAGGGAGGGAGGGACGGGGGUCGUGUGUGGUGGGUGAGUGUGUGACUUUGGUUUGGCUGAUUUACCAUUAACCUCUGUAACUCUCUGCCCAUCCCUCCCUACCACACCUCUUGAUGUACACACUCACAAACAACACACAUCAAGGUCCCAGACAUCCCAGCUUGACAGAGAGACAGACAGGCAGGCUUGUACGCAGCUAGCAGGACUAGAUGACUGGCCAGCAAGAUGUCUCAUUCUCACGUUUGUUUUUUUUACUGAAUAUAACUCUUCAAAAAGGUGGCAACAUUCCCUCUAAACCUGCUAGAAGACGUCUCCAUUGUGUUAAGUACUAACAAAAAUGUUGAAAACCAGUUUGUUAACGGGUCAUUCAGUGGAAAUUUAGCCAGAAGCGGGGCGGUUAUGCCGGCCUGGCGGGGUUCAUUGGCCUUGGUUGAAGAGCUGACGGGCAUUCACUGUUCUCAGCUUGAAUCAGAUGACCUAAGAUGAUUAUAGCAAAUCCAGCUGAUCGGGGCCAUGCCAGCUGGGCCAGUGAUGAGGCCUCGCGCUGAGGCCUGGCACAGAGGCCCAAGCACAUGGGCGUUGGGUUGUGGCGCGGGGGUGGGUGCAGGGAUUGCCACCCACCAGGCCGCUCUCUGAACAUGGUGAGGAGAGGAAGAUCCUGAUCCAGUUAUGCGGUGGCUUUAAUGGCCUCUGGCUGGGAUUCACUCCAUGUCUUGCCAGUGAUGCAGCUCAGGACGGGCUGAGAGUGAAAGAGAGACGACCACCAGCUUGUCCUAAAACCUCACAGGAAUUUGCCCUCGCAGCAGCAAAGCAGCUCCCCUGGGUUUUAUUCAUCCUUUAAUACAACGAGUCAUGUAAAGUGAUCUGCUGAUCCUCCCCGUGUUUGUCUGGUGUCGGUCGGACGCAUCGCUGCGUCCACCUUUGUUACUUGGCCAGAUAGAAUUACACAACAUAAGCGUGUCUCAGGUGAACAACUUUGGCUGGGAUUCCCAAAAGGCUUGCGAGCACUGUGAGCAUCUGUCUGCUGUUGGAGGUCGAAGGUGACGAAGCUCUGCAGGCUAGUGAUCGGUCAGAUACGAACACAACCCCUGCUAUCGUGCAAAUAACAGUGUGAUUUGAAGAAACUGACAAAUGCCCAAAGCAUAAGUGGUUUCAUGGGCCAAGGGAAAAUGCAAAUAGUAAAGAAAUUAACACAGAAAGUAAAUUAUUACUUUUACUGAAGUUACGAGGUAUAUACAUGACCACAGAGGUGUGUACAGUAGAUGUAUAAAAGGUAUCACUCUUAGGCUCUCUUUCAGUCUGGGAUGACUGCUGUUUAACUGCUGAUCUUCACUAACUGGCCCUCACAAAACAUAACAAACCUACUGGGCAACAUUAUGAAGCAAUGCACUAGAUAGACCGCUUAUUCUUUUGUUCUUUAAUGCGCCAACACAUUAUCUUCUUAGGUUUUGCCCACGUUUUAGAUCAUUUUUCUUCCAUCUCAGUUAGCUUAAAUAUUCCUCAUGUAUCAUGGCCCUUUGAGUUAUGACACCUGGGUAAUAUUUGAGGUAACAUUAAGGGGAAGCAUUGCUCAGGUACCUCGAUGCUACUUUUUCUUUGCGAUCCUACAUAAAGGGAUAGUUAGGGUGUUUUGCAGUGGGGUUGUAUGAGGAACUUAUCCAAAAGUGUACGCUCUAUCUAGAAUAUUUUUGCCGGGAGACAGUUAUACAGUCAAUGUUUCUGACGGGGAGCUGAAGCCGCUAUCUAUGCACCAGACUCCAUUGAAAAAAACUGUAAUUUUACCUCACAGAACACGGGUGUCUCAAGUCUACUCUUGCUGACUUUGGUGAAUCCGAACUAACCAAAGUCAUACAAUAACACAAACAAACUAACCAAUUGAUGCAGCAGUAGACCAGCAACCCUAAAGUAAAAUGAAAUUUGUUUUUAUAGCUGGAU